CAGAUUGGUUGCCACUCAAGACCGUUUCGCUGUUUCUUUGUAGCAUUCUAGCUAAACCUAACCCUUUUCCUAACCUUAACCUGCUGCUAGGUUAGUUCUCCUAACCUGCCACGUUACUUAUUCUGACCUGCCACGUUGCUUUUGAUAAGCCACUUAAGCAAACAUUGACCGUUAGAGGAGUGAUUUUAUUUUCUGCUGCAAUUACCUCCUCAAGGUACUAGCUAGCUAGGCCAGUUGGUCUCGCGACCAAGUCAACGGUUGUCACUAGUUAGCACAGCCACAAAGUCGUAAAAAUUCAUGUAAUCUAAAAUGUUGGUCUUAAUUUAAGAUUAGGGUUAGGCAUAAGGUUAGGGUUAAAAAUCAGAUUGUAGAAGAUAAAUUGUAGAAAUAGGCGGGGUUUAGCCAUAAUUAUGACUUUGUUACUGUGGUAACUAGUGACGACCCAAGUGGUCAACGGUCAGGUUGACCACCAUAGAUAGCAUCAAGUAUAGAGAGCAGCACUCAGCAGGCCGCAGGUGAGCCACGCAAGCGCAAGAAUUUUGUUAUGUUCAAUUUGAGUCUGCAAUGGAGAUGGACAGCACACAGGACGGACUGGAUAUUGUCACCAAACCCAUCAUAAUUCUGGGCACUGCUACCAGAGACAGAAGGUUUCUGCACUGGGUAGGCCAAGUGCUGAAGCUGAAGUGGCUGAAGAACAAGAGCCAAGAAGAGGUCAAAGUGAUGAUCGGGGAGAUGCUGCCCUCCUUCGCCUGUGGAUGUGUGGAGAACAAUGACUUCCUCUCCCUGCAGGAGAUCCUGGAGAGGAUGGAUGUGAACUGUGGGGACUACGACGGCACCACCCCCCUCCACAAGGCCUGUGAGAAGGGCAGGCUGGAUAUGGUCAAGUACCUGAUGGGUAAAGGAGCCAGCACCCAGCUCAAAGACCGCUUUGGAUACACACCUCUUCACCUGGCCAUCAAGAACAGGCACUUUGACAUCAUCCGCAUCCUGCGUCUGAAGGGAGCCCCUCUGUCUUUGGAGCUUGUGAGGAUCGGGCUGGAGCUGAUCAAGGUUGUCCAGAACAAGGACUACCAGCUGUUGCAAGCCUGGUACCUGUCUGGAGUGAACCUGGACCAGAGUGACUAUAAUGGCCGUACAGCGCUGCACAUUGCAGUCAGGCUGAGGGAGAGGACCAUGGUGUCCAGGCUGCUGGAAUACGGAGCCACCCCUCUGGAGCGUGACAUCUGGGGUUGGACUGCAGUGGACGAGGCCCAGCACAACCUGCCCAGCAUCCUGACACUGUUUCACCCCUUCACUUAGUUCCCCAACAGGCCUACCUGCUACACAUGGCCAACGGGAUGAUCUGUACACCCCCCAAGAAAUUCAUCCUUUUUAAACCAGCCAACAACCCUAGACAUUCAAGUUAAUUCAGUGUACAUACUUUCAGCAAAAAGUGUUAUCGUACAAUGCUUUGCUUAUUGAUAAAUGAAUAUACUGACAA